AUGACACAGAGUCGCUGGCCGCAUGGCUUCCUCAACCGCGUUCUGCGGCGCCAACCACCUGCAGACCUGGUACCCAAAGGCCGUAAUAUUCCUCUCCGACUGGGAGCCAAAGAUCCGUUGGUGGACGAACGGCGUAACGGGCCUUACAUAUCCAACGCAAUCCGAACCACACGAUACACCCUCUGGGACUUCCUACCUCGACAGCUCGUUUACCAGCUUUCUCGCCUAGCCCACGCCUAUUUGAUGACAGUUGCCAUCUUGCAGGUCAUCCCCGGACUGAGCACAACCGGCAAAUUUACCCAAGUCAUUCCUCUGACCAUUUUCAUUCUAUUGAUUAUGGGAAAAGAAGCGUACUACGAUUGGAAAAGAUACCGCGCCGAUGUCGCCGAAAACAGUCGUCCGGCUUCCGUUCUCCAAGACGCGGGAUCCGGCCCAGGUGGCUUGGACUGGAUCACAAAGCCGUGGGGGGAUAUAAGCGUGGGAGAUGUGAUCAAGCUUUCCCGAAACGAGGAUGUCCCGGCAGAUAUCGUUCUCCUGUACGCCAGCGGCGAGAAUGGACUUGCUUACGUCGACACCAUGGCCCUCGACGGCGAGACGAACCUCAAGCCCAAACAGUCCCCGGCCAACAUUCCCAACUGCAGCACGAUCCAGAGCAUCACUGAGUGCCACGCCGAGUUCGUCAUCGAGCAACCCAACGCGGAUCUCUAUCGAUUCGACAGCACGGUGACGGUCAACGGCAUCACACUGUCUAUGAAGACCGAAGAUGUCCUCUAUCGCGGUUCCACCGUUCGUAAUACCACUACGGUCAUCGGCAUGGUCGUUAAUACCGGCGAAGAAUGCAAGAUCAGGAUGAACUCGAAGCAGACAAUGAAACCAAAGAGGCCCGCGCUCGAGACUAUGACCAACAACAUCGUCAUCUGCCUCGCGUUGUACGUUUUGAUCAUAUCGAUAGUCUUGACGGGUGGAUACUUCUCAUGGCAAAGCUCUGCCGAAUCCAAAGCGUGGUACCUUGCCGGCAGUUCGGUGCCCUUCCAGGAAAUAUUCUUUGGCUUCAUCAUCAUGUUCAACCAAGUCAUCCCUCUGUCCCUAUACGUCGGCCUUGAGGCGACGAAACUCUUACAAGCCUCGCUCGUCAUGAGCGAUUUAUCGAUUUAUCAUGAACCAUCAGACACACCAGCCGAAGUCAACAACACCAACAACCUGGAUGACCUGGGCCAGAUCAGCUACGUCUUCACCGAUAAGACUGGCACUCUCACCGAAAACAUCAUGAACCUUCGCCGACUCAGCGUGGCCGGGAUCAGCUGGCUUCACCUGGCGGACUUGGGGGAGGCAGACGCCUCUGUGUUCCAAAGUUCUGGCGCAGGCUUCACCACCGACGACAUGAGGAAUCACAUGCGAGCCGAACCUACUUCUCCUUCCACGAAUCGCGCGACCAGAUUUCUUCUCGCCAUGGCACUUUGUCACACGUGCCUCCCAGAGACCGAUGCGGAGGGCCGCAUUCAAUACGAAGGCUCCUCGCCUGACGAAGUCGCCCUGGCCAGAGCAGCAAAGGACAUGGGUUUCGUAGUCACUCAGCGAUCCUCCCAGUCGAUCACGGUUCAGACCCCUGGUCGAAACGGCAGCGCGACCACUGAGGUUUACCGAGUCUUGGAUGUGAUCGAGUUCAGCAGCCAGCGCAAGAGAAUGACGAUCAUUGUCAAGUGCCCGGAUGGCAGCCUCUGGCUUAUUUGCAAGGGCGCAGACAGCAUACUGCUUCCACGCCUUGUGCGGAACCCGUCGGAUCUGGCCCACCGGCAAGCCGCCAGUUCAUUUUCACCCGGCAUGGCAGACGGGCAUCGACAAGGUAUAAACGGGGCAUCGUAUAGUCCUACUCGCUCCAGUACCUACUCAGCUGGGAGUGAUGGAAACAAUCUCGGGUAUGCUGACGAAUAUGGCUCCGAAGACGGUAUGCUCCUUCAGGCUCAACAAGCAUCACGAACCGGCCCAAGCGAACCCAUCGACAGUUUUGCCCCUCGGAGCGACGAAGACGAUAUCCAGCAAUGCUACAAACACGUCGACGAUUUUGCGGCCGAAGGACUACGCACGCUCAUCUACGCGGACAAGGUCCUCACGGCCGAGGAGUAUGAAGAAUGGAAAAAGCUCUUUGUCGAGGCGGAGACCAGCCUCACCCAGCGCCAGGAGCGCAUCGAAGAGGUCGGCGAGAUGAUUGAGCAGUCUCUCCAUUUACUCGGGGCCUCUGCGGUUGAGGACAAGCUCCAGGAGGGAGUCCCCGAAACCAUCCUGAAGCUUCGUCGUGCUAAUAUCAAGAUCUGCAUGCUUACCGGCGAUAAACGGGAGACGGCCAUCAACAUUGCCCACUCGACUCAGAUAUGCGGGCCCGAGUCCUCGAUGAGCAUCUUGGAUGUGGAUGAGGGAGACUUGGAGCUCCAGCUGAGAAACGCCAUGAAAAGGAUCGAGGCAGCCGACCAAGACACGGACUGCUCGGGGACCACCACUGCCGUCCACACCGCCCUUGUGGUUGAUGGAAAGACGCUGGGUGAGAUCGAGAAGGGCUCAUCAGCCGAGAUUCGUCAGCUUUUCUAUGCCCUCGUUCCCGCGGUCGAUUCGGUCAUCUGCUGCCGCGCAUCGCCGGCUCAGAAAGCGCUUCUCAUCACCAUAGUCGGCGAUGGUCCCCCGCCCGAGGCCAAGCCGUCUUUCCUCUCCGCUUGCCUCGGCUGGUUCAAGCGGCCGAAAAAGCCCCUUACGCUGGCCAUCGGCGACGGCGCCAACGAUGUGGCCAUGAUCAUGACUGCCAGCGUCGGCGUCGGCAUCUCUGGACGAGAAGGGCAGCAAGCCGCCCGCGUGGCCGACUUGAGCAUCUCGCAGUUCCGGUACCUGGGCCGUUUGAUGCUGGUGCAUGGGCGAUAUAGCUACCACCGUACCGCCAUCUUCAUUCUGACCACCUUCUGGAAGGAAAUGUUCGUCUUCCUGCCCCAGGGCCUGUUUCAGGGGGACACCGGUGUCACCGGGACCAGUCUGUAUCAAUCAACUUCCCUCAUCUUUGUGAGUUUCCUGACUGGGGCGUCGAUGGUCGUCAUCGGGACGUGGGAGAAGGAUCUCAGUCCUGGUACACUCAUGGCCAUCCCUGAGCUGUACACCUACGGGCAGAAAAGAGAGGCCUUGAAAAUGUCGAUUUUCCUCGGGUGGAUGGGCAACGCCGUAAUUGCAGGGAGUGUGGCGUUCAACGGCCCUUGGCUCGGAUAUGCCAAAACGGAACUCGUCAAGGACAACGGGCUAUUCGCCCAGGGCACGAUGACGUUUAUUGUCUGCAUUAUCUGGAUCAAUUACAAGAUUCUGAUUCUGGAAAUGCACCACAAAACCAAGAUCGCAAUCUGGUCGGCCGUUGGAAGCGUCGCCGGACUAUGGGUUUACCAGCUCAUCAACGCGGCUUCGGCCGCACCGAGCUCCACGCCGUAUUCUGCUAAAAACGGCUUGACAACUGGCUUCGGACGGGACGCAGCCUGGUGGAUGACCUUGAUUUGGACUCUUGGUGCGCUCCUGUUGAUUGAGUUGACGCUCAGAUCCUUCAAGCAGAACAGCAUGAUCCGCUCCGCGAUCUAUCGUUGCUGGCCUUUUGAGAAGAAGACGGCAAUCGGAGGGGGUGUCCGCAAUGGGUUUCGAGACUGGGAGCUGCGCCUGUGGCAGGAAAUGGAGACGGACCCGGCCGUCGCCAAGAUACUUAAGAGGCUCAGCUAA